GCCAAUUAGGAUAUUUCAACAAAAUUUAACAAACUUUUUAUUUCAUUUUAAAAUACAGAACGCAUCGCGACAAAGUCCGACAAAGCAUUUAUAGGAUUGUAAUAACUCGAAUCCGAAAUUCAUACAUUUGGUGAGUGAAGUUAACAAUAGCCUGACCCUGAAGUGCAGCUAUCAGUAAAUGUUUCGACAAGGCUAUUAACAAUGGUUCUAGCAAAACGUUUCUGCUGCGUUUUAUUGGCGGUGCUAGCUACAGCUGCUUGGACUGUCGAUGCUAAAGACUGCUUCAGUUACGAGUUUUCCCAUAAGAAGAGCGUAUUAAAGUGUCAGGAGUCCUGCCCUGGAGAAUGCAACAGAGUCGGGUGUCAGGUUAUCGGCUGUAAACUGGACAAGUGUUACUGUAAGUGAUUCAAAGUUGAACCUGAUAAGAAUUACGUUCUGCAAUGUUAUCUUUUCCCACGACGAAUAAAUAAGUUGAAUAUUU